AUGCCUCCGAGAAAGGAUGAUUUCGAAGUUGCACGACUUGUAUCCGAGCAACUCAUGGCUGUACUUCCAAACAUUGUUAGCCAAGUGGCAGCUGGCCUGAAUAAUAAUCAAAACAACAAUCAAGGAUCGGGAAAUAGAGAAUGYACGUACAAAUCCUUUAGGAGUUGUAAUCCAAAGGAAUUUCACGGGACUGAGGGAGCCGUGGGAUUACUGACUUGGUUAGAGAGCAUGGAGUCUGUGCUCCAUAUUAGCGAAUGUACCGAAGGGAAGAAAGUAGAGUUUGCUGCUUGUCUAUUACAAGGACGAGCAUUAACUUGGUGGAAUACCCAAGUACAAACUCGGGGCCAAGAAGCCGCCAACGGUCUUACGUGGGAAGAUUCUAAAAGGAUAAUGAAAGAAGAGUAUUGUCCAAGAAGCGAGAUCCUGAAACUGGAAGCAGAAUUAUGGAAUCAUGAAAUGAGAGGAAAUGAUAAGACUCUUAUACUGCACGUUUUCAUGAGUUGGCAAAAAUGGUACCGCAUUUAG